UUUUGUUUUAUCAAUAAAAGACACUUAAAAUGUGGUUUUCAUUGUUGGUUACUUGUAUUUUCAUUUGUUUUAUAAAAUUAAUAUUAUCUUGGAGACGUCCAUCUUCAUUUCCAAAUGGUCCAAAAGGUUUGCCAAUUGUUGGAAAUUUAUUUGAUUUAAAAAAUUUGGUAGAUAAAUUUGGCUCACAUGGUGCUGCAUGGUGUCAAUUGGCAAAUGAAUAUGGUCCAGUUGUUGGUCUUAGACUUGGCUUUGGAAAUCCUUUGAUAAUAAUAUCUGGCUAUGAUGCUGUUAUGGAAAUGUUAAAUCGUCGUGAAUUUGAUGGACGUCCAAAUGGCUUUAUCUUUAGUCAUCGUACCCACGGAAAAAAACGUGGUGUUCUUUUUACUGAUGGAAAAACUUGGACAGACCAAAGAAGGUUUUCUAUUAAAUGUCUAAAAGAUUUAGGAUGGGGAAGACAAACAAUGGAAGAACUUAUUCUCGAAGAUGCUGGAGGUUUAAUUAAAAAUAUUGAAACAUUAUCAAAAAAAGGUGUUAUUAAAAAUUUAAAUAACUUGACCAACUCAGCUGUGAUAAAUAGUUUAUGGUCACUUAUAGGAGGUACUCGAUAUGAUGUAGCAAAAGGUGAUGCAAAAAUAAUGAAGACUCUUCAAAUAUUAAAUGAUUCAAUCAGAGAAUCAAAUGUAUCUGGUGGCUUGUUGAAUCAUUUUCCAUUUUUAAGAUUUAUUGCACCACGUUUAAGUGGCUACAGAACCAUCACAGAUAGAUAUCGUCUAAUGUGGUCUUUUUUUUCGGCAGAAGUAUCAUCACACAAAGCCUCAAAAAAACCUGGAAUUAUGAGAGAUUUAAUUGAUACUUAUUUGGAGGAAAUUAAAGAACAUGAAGAAGAUCCAACAUCAUCAUUUAAUGAAAUGGAACUAAUUGCAUUGUUGAAGGAUUUAUUUAGUGCUGGUGUUGAUACGACAACGAAUAGUAUUGGUUUUACUCUGGAUUAUUUAACAGUAAAUCCUCAUGUUCAAGCAAAAGUUCAUGAAGAACUUGAUAGAGUUAUUGGCAGAGAUAAUUUACCCUCAAUAACAACAAGAAAUUCUUUACCAUAUUUAAAUGCAACACUUGCUGAAGUUUUAAGACUUUCAAAUAUUGGACCAACUACAAUACCUCAUCGUUGUACAAUUGAUAAUACAAAAUUUAUGAAUUUUAAUAUUAAAAAGAAUUAUACAUUACUUGCAAAUAUAAUGAGUGUUCAUUUGGAUAAAGAACAUUGGGGUGAUCCAGAAGUAUUUAGACCAGAAAGAUUUAUCAAUGAAGAUGGUGUUUUUGUUGUUGAUCCAUGGUUGAUGCCUUUUGGAGCAGGUCGGAGAAAAUGCUUGGGCGAAGCUUUGGCAAAGAAUGGACAUUUUUUAUUUGUUUCUAGUUUGUUGCAAAAAUUUGAGUUUCAAUUACCACCAGGACACAGUUUACCAUCAAUGACAGGAAUGGAUGGCUUUACCCUUUCACCACCAAUAUUUGAUAUUCUCGUUCUUCCAAGAUGAAUAAUACAAUUUACAAUUAAAUUCUUAGCUGUUAUUUUAAUUGAUUUAGUUUAUCUAGUAGAAAUAAAUUAAGGUAUCCAAAUAAUUUACUGAUCAAUCAAUACAACCCAAAAGAAAAACAAAGCCCCUAUCAAAUUAUUCAUUUAAACAUCUUGCUAAUUAAAAAUAAAUUUAUAAAAUUGU